AUGUAUAUUUUACCAUGAUUUUAAAAAAUAAAAAAAAAACAACUACAUCCCUCCUCCUCCCCCCAAAAAGGCCAGGCAACAAAAUGCAAGUCCCAUGGGCUGAAGUCUUUGCCUCUCUGUGACUUCCUCAAAAUCUAACUGACAGCUCCACCGAGGGCCUCUAGAGCUGAGCUGACCCAGAGCAUUUCUGCUUGGGCUCCGUCCAGAGCUGGGGGCAGGACAACUUCCUCAUCGUGGUGGCUGAGUUCUGGAGGCUGUAAUGUCCUGGAUUUCUGUGGGGCUGGCAGAGGUGACCCGGAAAUGGACUUGGGGGACAGGAGCAAGGUGUUGAGUGUGCUGAUUUUGAGGCUGGCACGUGGGUGCACCCUGCUUGGUGGUGGCCAUUGAGUGGUACCCAAGCAGCCCUGGGUAGCCCUGUCUACAGCGGGAAUCGCCACCCUUGGGAGUCUGGCCUUUCCCAUUUGCUAGCUGUGGGACCCUGGGCAUGUCACCAAAGCCUCUCUUUUCCUGUUUCCUCACCUGUGCCGUGAAUGAGGUAGCUCUUUCCACCUCCAAGGGACGUUGGGGUUUCCACAGGUAAUGUUCAAGGACGUGCUUUAUAACUAUAAAACACUGUGCACGUGGGAGCUAUGGUUCUCUACACAUCUCCUCCCGCUCCUUUUCUCCUCUUUCAGCUUCUCUGUCAUUCUUUUCCUCAGGGCCUCUUCCAGUCAGAGGUUAUAGACCUCUGGCCUAGGGCCCCUCACCUGGGUUAGCUGAUUCUAGAACUAACAGAUCUGGUCCGAUUCCCCUGGUCCCACCUGUGCAGUUCCACCUCCCUCCCUUCCCUCUGUGCCGUCUUGCCAGACCAGCUCUAACUUUGGGUUCCACCUGAACACACACCAGUCACGCUGGCCCUGACUGCUACCAUGGGAAAGUGGUCCGUGCUGACCGUCCUAAGACCUCGUGAGGGGACAGUGAAGAUUUUCUAAGCGUUGCUCAUCAUCUGUACUCUCUGUGACUUCCAGUCAAGAUUGAGGAAGAAAACUGAAAUGAAGUGGUUCAUACUUUCAUGUCUCAAAAAUAGGAAGGACAGAAAAGCAGCUGGCCGAGUUGCAGCUCAGAGACCAUCACAUCGGAAGGCGAGGGCUGUGACCCGAGGCCCCAGGCUCCCGAGAAUAGCACCCGCACCCCGGUUUCUUCCUUAUUUAGUUUUAAAAGGAAAUGAAGUUGAUUUUAAAGUCUCAAAGCGGGAGGGAGCCUGGGCAGGCAGUAGGCGAACUCUUUCUGUCAGUCUUGUGUGAAAACAGCUCUCUUGUCCCACCUCCGCCCUUUCAGAAGUCUCCUCGGGAAGGGAGCCCUGGGCUGUGACUCGAGGGCUGUGUGUGUGGGCUGCCGCCUGGACAGGGUCUCGGGUGGCCGCUCUCCCUGCCCCGCCCCAGGUGAACGACCCUGUCUUUUCAUUCUGGAAAUGCUUGUGUUUCUGUCACACCAGAAUGCAAAGUGUCAGAAUGAACAUGAAGUCUCCUCGUGACCCAAGACAAGCCACCCGACCCAGUCGUAUUUUAGUUCUUCCACUUCUGCAGUAACAAGAUGCUGCCUCCGUCCUGAACACAACUGAAAGCGGCCAAUUAUUUUUGGCAUCUAAUGAUGGUCUGUGUCUGCUAUUGACUGGCUACUGACGUUGACUCUGUACCGAGUGAGCCCCGUUUCCUCACCUGUGUCUAUCUCCCUUUAGUUCCCACCCUCUUUUCUUUCUCCUACGCCUCCUUUCCCUCCCUCCUGUCUCCUUUUUCCAAACUAAAAUGAGGGCUGCAGCACUUGCAUGGCAGGUGGGGUGGAGGUGGCGUGUAGCAGGCUGCCAGGAUUGGGAAGGCUGUGACAGUGGGGUCCCCCUGGGGGGCAGGCACUGGGGCAGAGGGAGGAGCCUGCGUAGAGGGAGGGCCUUUUGGGGUCAGCCCCUGGCGUGAGGCUGGUCGGCCAGGCUGUGUGAGCGUCCCCUUCCUCCAUGGAGUUUGGACCAUAGCUGGCCCCCAGCCCAAGGGGACAACCUUCCCAAGAGAGGACUGGUCACAAGGCAGAGAGACGAAGCUCAUGCCCGCGGCGCCCGGCCUGCACGCAGCCGGGGGCAGGACCCUCGCCGGCCGGCGGGCCCAGCAUGGAGCGGCCGAGCAAGAUGGAUUUCUUCCAGAAGCUGGGCUACGGCCGCGAGGACGUGCUCAGGGUGCUGGGCAAGCUGGGCGAGGGCGCCCUGGUCAACGACGUGCUGCAGGAGCUGAUCCGCACCGGCAGCCGCCCCGGGGCCCCGCCGGCCCAGGCCGCGCCCCAGCUCGUGCCCCGCGGCUCCUGCGGGCUCCCCGACUCCGCCCGGCGCCGCCUGGGGGCAGCCCCCGAAGAGGACUGCGGAGGCCCGGCCUGCUCCCUGCGACCCAUAGUGAUUGACGGCAGCAACGUGGCGAUGAGCCAUGGAAAUAAAGAAAUCUUCUCUUGCCGCGGGAUCCAGCUGGCUGUGGACUGGUUCAGGGACCGAGGACACACCUACAUCAAGGUUUUUGUCCCAUCCUGGAGGAAAGAACCACCAAGAGCUGAUAGCCCUAUUCGAGAGCAGCACGUGCUGGAGCAGCUGGAGCGGCAGGCGGUGCUGGUGUACACCCCGUCCCGCAAGGUGCACGGCAAGCGGCUGGUCUGCUACGACGACCGCUACAUCGUGAAGGUGGCCUAUGAGCAGGACGGCAUCAUCGUCUCCAACGACAACUACCGCGACCUGCAGAGUGAGAACCCCGAGUGGAAGUGGUUCAUCGAGCAGAGGCUGCUCAUGUUCUCCUUCGUCAACGACCGGUUCAUGCCUCCCGAUGACCCUCUGGGCCGACAUGGACCCACCCUGAGCAAUUUCCUGAGCCGGAAGCCAAAGCCCCCAGAGCCAUCCUGGCAGCACUGCCCCUACGGCAAGAAGUGCACCUACGGCAUCAAGUGCAAGUUCUACCACCCGGAGAGGCCGCGCCACACGCAGCUGGCAGUGGCCGACGAGCUCCGCGCCCAGACGCGGGCCCGGCCGGGAGCCGAGGAGCAGCGGCUGCCGAGCACCCGGGGCGGCCCCGCAGGAGCGCGCUCGGGCCCCCGGGAGCCAGGUGCACGCAGCCUCCCGCCCGCGCCGCAGCCCGCCGACCUGGCCGCCCUGCGAGGGAGCUUCUCGCGGCUGGCCUUCAGCGACGACCUGGGGCCCCUCGGGCCGCGCCCUCCCGGCCCCGCCUGCGGCCUGGCGCCCGGGCUGUGUGGGCCCGGCUGGGUGCCCACCGGCGGCGCGGCGCCCGUGCCGUCGCCAUCCCCGCGGGCGGGCAGCGCGGCCACAUCAGGCCCGCCCGGCCUCCCGCCCCCGCUCGGGCCGCAGCUCCAGCCGCGAGGGGGUCACUGUCCCAGGGACCUGCACGGCGACCUGCUUCCGCAGCGCAGGCCGCCCGACGACCCGUGGGUCCGCUCCCAGAGCUCCGACCGCUUUCCAGGCCGCUCGGCCUCGGUGGAGCCGGCCUGGGGCGACAGCGCCUUUGGGGAUCCUUCGGGGUACACAGCCGAGGACGGCGAGGGGGACGCGCGCGCCCGGGCGCGCACGGCGCUCUGCAGCGUCUUCCCGCCGGAGCAGGUGGACCGCGUGAUGGCCGAGUCCCCCGACCUCUCCGACCUCGCCCGGCUCAUUCUCCUCCUCGUGCAGAGAUGCCAGAGGGCGGGGGCGCCGCUGGGGAACCCCUAAGGGACUGGCCCACGCCCUUGCAAGGCAUGGCUCCGUCUUGCCUUGCAACUCGCGCGCGUGGGCGGGCGGUUGCCAGCACGACCUGAGUCAGCCCAGCGUGGCUGCCCUUUUUCUUUAAACAUGGUCAGGGAAGCCUACUUCCUCUUCCUUGGUGGCACCUGAUGAUCUUCACGGAGGCCUGGGCCUGCUGCGGGGAGGUCCACCCACUUCCGUGGAGGGAGUAUUUCUGGUGUGGGGGAAGACAGGUCCCACUGCAGCUCCAAGGGUUUGUCCUGAACGGCCUGUGACUGUGUCAAGCUGCAAGUGGAAUCCACAAAUGGGCCACGAAAUCAAUUUGGUGGGUCACUUCCACAAAUACAAUGGGCUAGGAAAUCUCAGAGCAGACCCUGUACAAUCAGGCUGAGUGUGAACUCUUGUCACCUAGCCCUGAGUCCCACAUUUUUGGUAGCCGUGUGAUCUUAAUGUGGGUUGUGGUCAAAAGUUUGACAAAGGCUGGUAAGUGGUCUUGAAUUUCAUUACAUCAAAUAAUGUUUGAAAUAUGUGGUCAGGUGGCCAGGGGAAGUUGGAUAUCUGGAAGUCUCCAUGUUAGCUACUGCUAACCUCACCCACCAGGGGAGCCCAGCCUGGACUAUUGCUCUGAAAUUGUGCGGCCGUGCCUCGCUGGGGGUGAGGGGCAGGGCACUUUGUCCUGAAGGCCUGCUUGGGGGGUCUUCACCCCCUUCACGCACACACACCCCACACCACACAAAUAUCACACGCACACACAGGGCACUCUCUCACACAUGUACACACACACACACCCCAUAGACACAUACAUACUGCUUGGCUCAGGGUCAAGCCUCUCUGUUUUUCCAGCCAUUCAUCACAGCAGUUUCCAGAACAGGCCCUUCACUGGGAGCUUUCUAAGCCCUUCCUCAGGCUACACUGGGGCAGGUGUCAGGAUUUUUGCUGGGAAACCGCGGGUGGGUCAGCAGAGAGCUCAGGUGAGCUCAGUCUUGGAAGUUGAUUGCCACCUUUCCGGUGCCGUUUCUUCCAGCCAGCCAGUGCUUUGAGUUCCGGGGAGAAGGGGCCCCCCAUUUGUAAUGGCCAAGCGGGGCAGUGAUGCCACGUGGUCCCCGCGUCCUCAGAAGGCGCCGGCAUCUCCAGGCAGCAUCCAGCCCGCUGGUUUGUGGCUCACUUGUUCCUUAGGGGACUUGGUAGCUCCUUUUAGGGAGAGUGUGAGGCACCUCCCAGGGGAAGGCCAGCGCCAGCAAGUGCGGAGGGAAACAUUGUGCCGGUUAUUUUUAGCACAGUCUAGGGGCACCGCAGGGAGAAUGUGUUCCCAGCUUUCAUUCAUGGGAAAUGCCGCCCGUGGGAGAGCACCAUGUCAGUCUUCCCCUGACUCCUUUCAUCUUUUUAAACCAGAUUCUUAGCAUAGUUUGAGCCAGAGCUGUUCCUCUCCUUUUUUUUUUUCCAAAGAGGACACUGCACCCACAAUUUUACCUUAGUUUGGGACCUCAGUCCUCCAGAGGGCCCGCUCUUUCUAGAUAAAUUGAUGUGUAUUUUAUUUUCCUUUUGACAAGACACGCUUUCUGUUAGAGCUGCUUUUUGCUCUCCGGUUUUUCUCCUUAUGUGGAAUCAUUGCGUAGCUGAUUUACAGUUGUAAAUGUUUAAACUGCUUCCUCUGAGGACAAGUUUGAGUUUUAGUAAGCUGUAAAGCUAUUUUAUUUGGUUCACUGUGAUUAAGUACAAAAGAAAAAAGUAAAGAAACAGCAUAUUUCAAGUGUUAUCCCCUUUGGAAUUUUUCCAAAGUCUUAGUAUGUCUUUGUGACACAAAACCAUGGAAAGGGACAGGUAAAUGAAUGUUCCUAGUUGCAUAGCUGUUACUGUGCUCCAAAAAUAAAUCACUUUUUACC